GUCAGCAGCAGGAGAAACGCCGUCUGAUAGAAGGAAGCGGACGGACUAUUGUGUCUGUUUUUCUCCGGAAAUAAACAGUGUAAUAGACAAAAAUGAUAUUAAUAUAGCGGCGAUCGUUCGAAGUAGCGCAUAGUGUACCUUUAUUUUAGAGGGUCGUUUUACAUUAGGCUGGAUUUGUGAAUGGUUUAAGGUUUUUUUUUUUCGUGUGUUGUGAAGGUUUAAGGCCAGUUGAUGAUCAAAUCUGAUUAAAACACGGACAGAGGAGCUUCAGAAACAGCGAACAGCUGUACUGCCCGGCAGAGGUAAAACUACAGAGCUGUCCACUCUCACUCUGGUGUAUUUGGAUUUUACCAUUUAACCAAGGGUUUUACAGUCCGUGUAUGAGCAUGUAUGCACCCCCGGGAACUGCUGUGCCUGGAAACCGGAGGAGGCGUGGUGGCACGGCCCUACCCAAGCAGGCAGAGCGGAGCUUGGCGUCUGCACUGCCCGGGGCGCUCUCCAUCACCGCACUGUGUACAGCCCUGGCAGAACCAGCCUGGCUCCGUGUUCAUGGAGGAACCUGCCCUAGACAAGAGCUUGGUGUUGCAGACGUCUUAGGAUAUAUAGAUGAGACACUUAUUAAUGAUUUUUGUAUUAACUCUCAGUCCAUCCUGCUGUUUCGGGUCAUUGCUGCUUUUUGUUUCUUGGGCAUUCUGUGCAGCCUGGCAGCAUUUCUUCUGGACGUCUUUGGACCAAAACACCCAGCCCUCAAGAUCACACGCAGAUACGCCUUUGCUCACAUUCUAACAGUGCUCCAGUGCGCUACAGUGAUCGGCUUCUGCUACUGGGCCUCCGAACUCAUUUUAUCCCUGCAACAGCAGCACAAAAAGUACCACGGCUCGCUCAUCUAUGUCACGUUUGCCAUCAGCUUCUACCUGGUGGCCGGUGCCGGCGGAGCCUCUAUUUUAGCCACAGCGGCCAAUCUGCUCCGUCAUUACCCCACUGAGGAGGAGGAGCAAGCCCUGGAGCUUCUAUCCGAGAUGGAGGAGAGCAGUGAAACUUACCCAGCUGACUACGACAUUGCCAAUCAGUAUCAACCUCCACCUGCUUACACACCCUGAUCACAAACCACUGUUUCUCAAUUCCACUUUUGUCAUCACGUGCCACCAUUAGCCUUCAGACAAUAAAUAACUGAGAUGUGCAGAUUUUAGAUGCCCCAUCAAAAAAAAAAAAUAUAUAUAUAUAUAUUCAGGAUUCCAGACCAUUAAGAAUGCCCAUAUCCAUGCUCGCACUUAAACGAACGUUUAUCUUGGCAGUGAGGGCUUGAGCGCAUGGAUUCAUUUAAAGAGAAUAAUUACGCCAGUGCUUGUAGAAUUCCUAAUUAUGUCCGAGACUAUUUGAAUUCAUCUUGCAGUAGAUUGCAUGUAUCUGGCAGAAAAGACCCAUCACAGAUCUAGAAAACGUAUUUUUUGCCACGCUUCAUUAUCUAAAUACUUGAGAAAUGUAAAAUGCAAAGCAUCUCAACAUCGUGCAUUUACACGAAGCCUAUUUGGCACACUAAACUGUGGGAAAUUAUCUAUAUAUAAUCAAGUUCAUUUUUUUCAUAGUGUCUUUUUUUCUGUUGCUUCACAGGUUCAUCACCUUACGUUUUUCAUUUUAGAUAUUAUUUAGUUGAACUUUUGUCUUGCCCCUUUAAUAUAAGUUUGUUCCUUUUUCAAUCGGUCAUUUGUUAACACUUUCCUUCGGAAAAGAAUACCUUUUAUGUAAGGUAUCAAAGUAUAAUUGUAUUUUAUUUAUUUUAAUUAACCUCUAGCCUACAGAUGUUACAUGCAUGUUUUUAAAAUGCUUUUCUGUAGGCUUUUGGUAAUGUUGCUUUAAAGAUCAUGCACACAGUCCAGGGACUGACGAACAAAUUAGUUAUUGGCUGAGUUCGGAGUUGCAUACUACUCAUACUAUUUGUGCCAUAACACAUAUGGCAGAAGUAGUAAGAGUAGUAUGGGUAGUAUGCCAUUCCUAACUCAGCAAUUGUUUAUUAUUGGACCUUCCAGUUUAAAUAGAUUCUCAAAGAAACUAGAAAGCAAAUAUU